AUGAAAAAUGGUGAAAGUCAAACAUUUCCUAAAAACAAUGAUCGAGUAACAGUAAUUGAAGCCAUGCUGUUGAUAUCACUCUGCAUUGCACACCAGCUGUCCAAGCUAACCGGCUCCCUGAUAUAUAGACAACACAAUAAAAGCUCAAAAGUGAAGUUAGUAAUAAUUGCUUCUUUAAUGCAGUUCAACCUUUUGACAUGCAUCAGAUUUAUACACAGAACAAAUCAGGAUGAGUACCUUGAGUUCACUAAUGGAGAUGGAUGUUGGUCAUAUAUAGGACCGAGGAAGGGAAAGCCACAAGAAAUAUCACUCUCUACGAGUGGUUGUGUACGUGUUGGUAUAAUACAACAUGAAGUGAUGCAUGCACUUGGUUUUCAUCAUGAGCAUACCAGAAGUGAUCGUGAUAAAUAUAUUGAUAUCAUAAUAAAUAAUAUUGAACCAGGUAGUUAUGGUAAUUUUAAAAUAAGACAUUCUAACAACUUGGGAGCACCAUAUGAUUAUGGAUCAAUUAUGCAUUAUGGAAGGUAUGUUUUUUCGAAAGGUCAUGGUUUUCCCACCAUUCUGCCCAAACCAAAUCGAACGGUACCUAUUGGACAAAUAAGAGGGCUUUCUGAAUUAGAUAUUAUAAAGAUAAACAGACUGUAUAAUUGCAAUCCAACUUUCCGCUUGUCCUUGAAUCACAUGCAAGCUUACAUUUUUGGCCAGUAUACCAAGUGGAACCUUGUUAAAAUCUAUGCAGACUACAUUGAACAUGCUAUUCUCAUUGGCUGA